GAUCCCGCCGCCGGGGCCGCAGCAUGGGGCGCUUCGGCGGGGGCCUGCGGUGCAUCAAGUACCUGCUGCUCGGCUUCAACCUGCUCUUCUGGCUGGCAGGGUCGGCUGUCAUUGCUUUUGGACUGUGGUUCCGGUUUGGAGGCACCAUGAAGGAUUUCUCAUCGGAGGACAGUUCCCCAGAGUACUUCUACAUGGGGCUCUAUGUGCUGGUUGGAGCGGGGGCCCUGAUGAUGGCCGUGGGCUUCUUCGGGUGCUGUGGAGCCACGCGGGAGUCCCAGUGUGUUCUCGGAUCUUUUUUUACCUGCCUAUUGGUGAUAUUUGCUGCUGAAAUAACCACUGGAGUAUUUGCUUUUAUAGGCAAGGAUGUAGCUAUACGACAUGUUCAGACCAUGUAUGAAGAAGCUUAUAACGAUUACCUUAGAGACAAGGAAAAGGGAAAUGGGACUCUCAUCACCUUCCACUCAACAUUUCAGUGCUGUGGAAAAGAAAGCUCUGAACAGGUCCAACCGACCUGCCCAAAGGAGCUCCUAGGACACAAGAAUUGCAUUGAUGAAAUUGAGAGCAUAAUCAGUGUUAAGCUCCAGUUCAUCGGAAUUGUCGGUAUUGGAAUCGCAGGUCUCACGAUCUUUGGCAUGAUAUUCAGCAUGGUCCUUUGCUGUGCGAUACGAAAUUCACGAGAUGUCAUAUGAAGCUACUUCUACAUGAAAAUUGUAAUCUAGAGCAUACAAAUGUCACAAGAGCUGUCUCCUGGCUCAUUUUUAAUAUUCAAAGGACAGUAGGAUCUAAAAUAAUUUGCUGUUAAUUGUACAUUUGCACAUGUAUGUAUGUUUGGCUCAUUACUGGUUUACCCCUUGAGUGAAUGCCUAUGUAUGUUGACUGAAGCAUAUUCAUGUGUGAUCUGCAUGUUUCUGGUAUAUGCAUAAUGAAAUCUGUUUGCUGGGAAUUCCUGAUUCUUGUUAUGUGAAAGAAACACAUAUUUAACUCUCAGGAAAAGAUCAAAAAGCUUUGAUAAACUUUAAAAACUUGGUUAUUUAGGAAAAAAAUAUGAUAGUGGGUCAGUUUCUCAGACUCUAGCCAUAGGAAGUUAGAUACAGAGAAUUCAGGGAUUUCUAGUUUAUGGAAGCAAUAAGCUACAAGAAUUGAGAGAUCAUGGUGCAGUGUUAAAAGUAACUGUGUGUGGGUUAGGUGUAAGGGUUUCCUGGGAUUUUUUUUAUAUACAUACUCUCCCCAGAAUUUAGGACUAAACACAUCUGUAAAACUAAAUAUAGCUUGGAAAAUCUAAUUUGACUAAGUCAUACUUUCCUAGUAUUUAAAAAACAAAACAAAACCUUGCUCUGGAAAGAGGUGUCACACAGACAAUCACAUGCCCUAUACAACUGAGUGUUUUUAGGACUAGAAAGAAAAUCUUUUAACAACUUUUUAAGGAAAUAUUUUUGUUCUUAUAUAAAGACAUUUAAAUAUUGCUUUAUGACUUUCCUUUUCUGACUCUUCUCUGAACUACUGUAACCCCCACAUACACAAAAGGACUUUUAUCUCCAACUUUUCUGUGUUUCUUCAGAUGUAAGCAUAGAAGGACUAAAGCAAGAGAUCUGGCAGUUGCAAAUUGUGGGAAAGAGAAUUUUUACUGGCACUGUAUCUUUGAAAUACCUCAUAACUUGAGUUUACAUAUUUUCCUAAUUUUUUGGUAUUUUUCUUAUUUAUUCACCUAGAGAAUUCUUCUUUAUAGAUUAAGAACUACAGCUUUUGCCACUUAAAAUAUACUAUAUCAUGAGCAUCCUUAGCCAAACCAAAAUAAAGAAAAACAUCCUCUCCUAGUUUUGUGCACACAACAGAGACAAGCUAAGGAAACAAAAAUACACACACAACAGAAAUAUGUUCCUUCUGUGCAGGUCUCCUAUAAAAAUAAAAUGUUUGUGUUCU